CACAUUCCUCCAGAGGGCUCACAGAGAACUUCCCCCUGCUUCCUGUAUAAGAGUCAAGCUUCUGUCACACACCCUCACUUUUUGACUGAAGCAGAUAAUGACACAAAAGCAGAGCCCAAAACCCUUGAGGAAACGAUGAGCAUUGGUUUAUUGGUGGGGACAGGAAAACCAACGCUGUCUCAACGGGUUUGUUCCAGACCGCUGACCCAGUAAGGCGCCUUCGUCUCCUGCGGGUUCAACUGCCUGACAUAUCAAACCUCCCUUUGCUGCAGUGUGUUCACUUCCUCUAGAGUCAAGGACUUUGUGUGACACAUCUCGAUCACUGACUGACUGAGUGAGCGUCUUAAACCGAGGCCACCAUGCAGGAGUGCCACACUAGCCUGUGUCUGUCCGUCUACGUCAUCACCUUUGUGCUGGGCUUCCCCGCCAAUGUCCUCGCCUUCUACACCUUCUGCAAGAAGGUGAGGCAGAAACCAACACCCAUAGACAUCCUGCUCCUUAACCUCACCAUCUCCGACCUCCUCUUCCUCCUGUUUCUGCCUUUCAAGAUGCAGGAAGUGGUAAACAACUUUGUGUGGGACCUGCCUUACAUCUUGUGCCCACUGUCAGGCUUCAUCUUCUUCAUGACCAUCUACAAUAGCACCCUCUUCCUCACUGCAAUUAGUGUAGAGCGCUACCUGGGUGUAGCAUUCCCCAUCAAGCACACCCUGAAACGGCGACCGGCGUACGCCAUCGCCGCCAGCAUCUUCUUCUGGAUUUUCACCAUCCUCCAUUUGAGCAUUGUGUUUAUCGUACCCCUCAUCGGCCCUAAGAAUAACACAUCAGUUCACAAUGCCACUGCUGGCUUUGCUGCUGAAAAGGAGGACAGGGUUUGUUAUGAGAACUUCACACCUGCUCAGCUGAACGUCCUGCUGCCGGUACGUCUUGAACUCUGCAUCGUACUUUUCUUCAUCCCUUUCCUGAUUUGCAGUUUCUGCUACAUCAACUUCAUCAAGAUUCUCUCCAGGCUGCAUCACAUCGACCGACGCAGGCGUAUGCGAGCCAUCGGCAUGGCUUUAGGAACAUUGCUGGUGUUUGCUUUAUGCUUCGGCCCCUACAACAUCUCGCACAUUGUUGGAUACAUAAUGUGGGGGAGUCCAGACUGGAGAGACAAGGCCCUUCUGUGCAGCACCUUUAAUGCUUGUCUAGACCCUCUCAUUUUCUACUUCUCCUCCUCUGCUAUGAGGGGGAAUGUGGGGAGUGUGUUUCAAGGGGUUAGGAGUCACCUUAACAGGUGCUUUUCCUGUCACAGGGUGGGGGUCUUGUGUGGGGGGACUAACAAGACUGCAAAAGAUAAGCAGUACACACAAGAGGAGACCAAUGAAACCUAAGCUGAUUGAAAGGAAGCUGUGAGCAGCCGCCUUCAAUUAUUUGUUAUUUCUUUAUCCCUGGCAGCAGGAAAUUAAUGCAACGUGUUUGUUUGUACACGUCAGAUAGUGGCUUGGCAUGCUGUAUACACUGCAGCGUGUCUGAUGUACAUCCUAUUUGGAAACUAGAAAGGAAAUGUUGGACCUCUCCAUGCAGGUCUCAGCAAUUGCUGAGUAGUGUUGUGUACGAAGCCACAAAGACUGUCUGCUUUGAACUGUCACUCUGAACUAUCUCUACAUACAAACAGCAUUAUUUUAUAAGAUUCCUUUAAAUGCAGUCACAGGAGUUGUGAUAUGCUACUCUAGAGGUGUCUAAAAAAGGAAUGUCUAAGCAACCGCUUUGGACGUCAUCUCUUAGCAAUAAUAGACACAGCUGGCACCUUGAACAGGAUAUGUUGUCUCUUUGCAACAGCAUUCUCAUUAUUUGUCAGCUGUUGUGGCUAAAAAAAAAACGUGAAGUGAGAUCUGAAAGAGUCAAAAACUGUGUCAAGUGUGAUAGACACAAACAGGCUUUGCAGGGCAUUAAAAAAACAUCUUCUCUAUGCAGCUAAAAUGGCUAACGUGCAAUUUUCUACAUUUGUAAACAUUUAAUUGUUUGUCUUGUAUUUUGCAUACAAAGCUUUGGGUAUUCACAUGCAGGUUGUAAUUUACACAACGUUAUGUUUAUAGUAUGAUUUGAUUAAAACAUGCUCAUUUGGCAUGUAAUGAAUGUAUGAAUGUAACUAUGAAUGCUUGUGGCAUACAUCUGAAAGCUAUAUGGCCGGGGUUGUAAUUAUGUAUGACAUAUUUUCAGACUGAAAAAGUAUAAACAUAUAUUUUACAUAA